CUGUCGUCCGCAGAGACUUUUAUACUUCCCGAAAGAGUGGGCAGCCCAAGUCAAGCACCAGAAACUGGUUUCCCGGUUCACAAGGCCUGGGUGAGCUUAUCAAUCAGGGUCAGCGUCGUCAUUGGCGGGCCACUAUCAAUCCGAUAUCCUGCUUUGAUAUCUGUGAUCACCACUCUGUACGACCGCGUGUCAAGUUGACGCCGAUGGGAUUUAAACCCGGCCUGCAUCACCCCUCCUGCUUCCCCUCACUCACCUACUCCCCUCCCUGUCACCGACAACUCUCCACUCCUCCUCCUCCCAUCUCCAUCUCAGACACCUCACCAUCGACCCUCACUCACCAUGGCCUCCAUGGACCGAGUCUUUGCCGGCUACGCCGCCCGCCAGGCCGUCCUCGAAACCAGCACCAACCCGUUCGCCAAGGGCGUCGCCUGGGUAGAAGGAGAGCUCGUGCCACUCAACGAAGCGCGCAUCCCCCUGAUAGACCAAGGCUUCCUACACAGCGACCUCACCUACGACGUGCCCGCCGUGUGGGACGGUCGGUUCUUCCGACUGGACGACCACCUCUCGCGCCUAGAACUCAGCUGCGCAAAACUCCGCCUCAAACUCCCAAUAUCCCGCGACCAAGUGAAACAAACCCUCGUCCACAUGGUCUCCCGAAGCGGCCUGCGCGACGCCUACGUCGAACUCAUCGUCACACGGGGCAUCCGCAGCGUCCGGGGCAUCAACCCAGACGACCUAACCAACAACCUCUACCUCUUCAUCCAACCAUACCUAUGGGCCAUGCCCCCGGAAGUCCAGCGCGUCGGCGGCAGCGCCAUCAUCACGCGGACCGUCCGCCGCGUGCCCCCCGGCGCCAUGGACCCCACAGUCAAGAACCUGCAAUGGGGCGACCUGACCCGGGGCAUGCUCGAGGCCGCGGAGCGGGACUCCACGUACCCGUUCCUGACGGACGGCGACGCAAACCUCACCGAGGGAGCCGGGUAUAAUAUCGUCUUGGUGAAGGAUGGCGCCUUGUAUACCCCUGAUCGCGGCGUGUUGGAGGGCGUCACGAGGAAGAGUGUUUUCGAUGCUUGUCGGAAGGCCGGGAUCGAGGUUCAUCUGCAGGUUGUGCCUGUCGCGUUGGCGUAUCACGCUGAUGAGAUCUUCAUGUCCACUACCGCGGGUGGUAUUAUGCCGAUUACGGAGUUGGAUGGGAGGAAGGUCAAUGGGGGUGGCAUUGGGCCGGUUACGAAGAGGAUCUGGGAUGCGUAUUGGGAUAUGCAUUAUGAGGAGGCGUAUAGCUUUGCGGUUGAUUAUGAGGAGGGGAGGGGAGGGGAGCGUCAGGCGAGACUUUGAGUAGGGGAGGUGGGGAUGGGA